AUGGCUGCCGCAGUGUCUUGCGGCAACAUCCGCUGUCAACAAGAACGCCGGCAAUUAAGAAAAGAAUUGGAAAGAGGGAGGAAAAAUCUUAUCACGACAAUCGGUCUGGAAUGUGUUGCUGAAACGUUAUUUGGACCAGAUCUCUUAAAGAAAGUACUGCCAUAUUACCAAGAAGAAAUAGAAGAGAGAGAUGAUGAUGACUAUGAUGAUGAGCAUGAACAUGAAGUGGUUGAUUGGAAGAUGUAUCAAGACUGUUCAUUGUGUUCAGCAAGACAACAGUUGGUGGCUGAAUCUUUGGCCAGACACCAAAGGUAUAUAGAGAGUAUGAAGGUCGCUAAUAAUGACCAGAAACAUAGUGUUUAUUUGGAGUACAUGCACCCUGACAUUAUUCGAGAAUCUGAUUUGUACAGCAUAUCAGAAAGUCCGUCAUCAUCACAACCUCCAUCUCAUCCAGCAACACCACUGCCUACUCAAGUGCCGUUGGAAUCAGGCUCACCACAACCGCUAGAUCUCAGUAAAAGGUCAUCCUCUCCUGAUGUUCUUCACAAUGGCAAAAGUGCUGGCAAUUCCUUUCUUAGAGUACCUUCACUCAAGCUUGCUGGACAGCACCAUGGAGAAGUUAGCAGUAGACGAGGACGUCCACCUUUUAAGAGUUCUUACAAUAGUACAUAUACUGAGGCCGACUUAAGACAAGCAAUUCGUGAUGUGCGUAGUGGUAAACUUGGAACAAGGAGAGCUGCCAUCCUGUAUGGUAUCCCAAGAUCUACUAUAAGAAACCAUCUCAAUAAACCAACCGUCUGGAGAAAUGAGCGAAGUAGCUUGCCACGAGGAAAUUCCAGCUCCUCAUUGGGUGAUUUAUUAGAGAAACAGCCGAUCGUGUUAAAUAACGAUAAUGUUGAUAGUAUUAAAGUUGAGGAAAAGGAGUGGAAUGGAAAUAGCAGAGAAGCUAAGUUUGAAGAUUCUGUUGUGGCUACUAAUGGCGACUUGGAAUGUCGGCCGUCUUUAUUUAAAGAGGAAAGUCUGUUUAGCUCUGCUGUCGAUAGCUUAACUUCAGCUUCUAAUGGUAUCAAUGAUGAUGAAGUAGACCCUGUCACAAAGCUUAGAAAUUUUCUGAAAGAGAAGCCAGAUCCAGAGCAGAUUUGUAAACGCCAACUUACAAUGGGUGAGCUGAUGCAUGAUAGUGCCUAUAAUGAUUUCCUCUCUGACAUCCCCGGCCGAGAUGAACAAUUCAAAAAUAAGAGAGGUUCUCUUAAUUAUGCAAAUGAAAUUAAACUACCCUUCCCUCCCAGUGUUUUUCGUCAACUCAUUGAGCAGCGUGUUUCUGAGAAGCAGGAAAUGCAGGAGAGUCAGAGGUCUGAACGAGAAAGCUCUUCAAACACACCACUGAAAGUACCGACCUACAAGCCACUCAAUCCCCUAGCUGGCCAAUCAGACGCUGCAGACAAAUCCAAAACAAGUUUGAUGAAAGAUUUUGGAAUUAACAGAAACUCGUUCAGCAGUGAUCAUUAUAGUUCUAGUUCCAAGUCGCACCAUCAUCACUCUCAUUCUCACCACCAUCACCAUCAUCAUCAUAAUAAUUCGUAUGAUUCACAUCAUAAGCGGAAACAUGAAGACCUUGACAAACCACAGAAGCAAUCGCGUCCUAAAAGAGGUCGCUACAGGUGCUAUGACCGGGACAACUUGAUUCAAGCGGUUGAAGCAGUGCAGCGAGGUGAGAUGACCGUUACUAGAGCUGGUAAUGUGUUUGGUGUUCCACAUUCAACCCUGGAGUACAAGGUCAAGGAACGUCACUUACAGAGACAGAGCAAAAGAGCUUCAAAGCGACAUCGAGAUUUUUCAGAUGCAGAUCCAUCUUCUAAGCCAUCAUCUCCUGUGUUGUCACCAUCUUCAUCAUCUGUGUCCCUAGCUUCCCUAGCAUCAUCCACUUCAUCAACAUCGUCUUUUCUAGAGAGAAGUAUUUCAGGAUGGUCAUCAUCAACAUCUGAUAGACAUCGACUUGUUCCAAGCAUCUUGAGAAAAAACCGAAGCCAUUCAUCUAGCAGUAGUCUUCCUGGUAGUAUGUUUGCGUCUUUGCUGGAAAGACCUCCACUUGUUGCAGUGUCCAGUGUAGAUGAAGCAAGAAGAAUACAGGAAGUGAUGAAUGCUCUUCGAGGUCCAACAGAUGCAUCACCAUUACCCCGUUCAACUGAAAAUACAGAUUGUUUUAUUGUAGGUGAAGUUACUUCCCCAACAGAUCAACCAAAAAGUUUACGUGAACUGUUUGAGAGACAUUCCGAAAGGCCGGAUUCAUUUCUGGCGGAGUAUGGGGCUUUAGGUUCAGUUGCUGGAGCGGGUCUUGGUGUGGAUGGUUCCAUCAGCAGCUUCCUUCAGAAGGCUGGUGCCAUGGGAGGAGGUGGUUCACACAAGUCCAGUGCAGAUGAAGCUUUACAAGAUAGUGCAAUAAAAACUGACACCAGUGCAAUAUAUCAACGUAAUUUAACUACCAAUAUAGACACUGCAUUGAAAAACAUAAUGAGUGCGUUCCACAAAGGAACCACUGAUAAUGAUCCUGAAAAUGACUUAGAUAGGAAAGAACAACAGACCAGAGAUGAAGAAAGAGCAGAAGACAGCAACUCACAGCAUUCAUCUGUGGAAUUCAAAGCCAAGUUACGCAGAUCAUUUGAAAAGACUGCCCAAGAUGUUGAACGUGAAAUGUUGCUGCGAGAUGAUGAUGAUCAGAGUAGCAGUGAUGAUACAUCAGUAUACAGUUCACAGUCAAGAGUGAAGAAUGAUGAAAUAGAGUGA